AGCAACCAAAAAACUCUCUCUCUCUCUCUCUCUCUCUCUCUCUCAUUUGUAGAAUUGAUAUUAUAUAUAUAUAUAUAUAUAUAUAUAUAUAUAUAUAUAUAUAUAUUGUAUAUAUAAAUCCUGUGACACUAACCGUUCAAAUUCUUCCUACCAUCCCAUAAGUCUCUUUCUCUCUUUCUUUCUAGUUUAAUUUUCUCUCUCUAGGAUCAGAGGAAACAAACAUGCCCACUACUCAAGCUAUUUCUCUCUCCUCUCUCUUGGGUUUCUUCCUCACCAUCUCAAUUCUCGUACACCCAUCAAAUUCCGCCAUAGACUCUUUCGUGUACGGUGGGUGCUCUCAGCUAAAAUACGCCCACGGCACACCGUACGAGUCCAACGUAAACUCCAUACUCGCCUCCCUGGUCAACUCAGCCUCCACCUCCAACUACAACAGCUUCAAAAUCUCUGUCCCUGGCUCGAGCCAAAACGAUAUCGUUUACGGCCUUUUCCAAUGUAGAGGAGAUUUGACGAACUCGGACUGCAGAGAGUGCGUGGCCCACUCAGUGAGUCAAAUAGGCAUCGUUUGUCCUGACUCAACCGGUGGCGCGUUGCAGCUAGAUGGGUGCUUGGUGAAGUACGAUAACACCCCGUUUUUGGGGGCGGAGGACAAGACUGUGGUGAUGAAGAAAUGUGGGCCGUCGAUCGGGUUGGACUCUUCGGCGAGGAGUGAUGCUUUGCUGGCCUAUCUGACGGCUGGGGGUCAGUUCUUCCGAGUUGGUGGGUCCGGGAAUGCCCAGGGUAUGGCGCAGUGCGUACAGGAUCUGAGUCUGAGCGAGUGCCAGGAUUGUCUGACGGAGGCGAUCGGACGACUGAGAAACGAGUGUGGGUCCUCAGCUUGGGGUGAUAUGUUCUUGGCCAAGUGCUACGUGCGUUACUCGGAGCGUGGCGAUUACUCGAAGAGCGAUGAUAACGAUACAGAGAAGACUCUCGCUAUCAUUAUCGGACUCAUAGCCGGUGUUUCAUUGAUCAUUGUUUUCCUUUCUUUCUUGAGAAAAAUAUUUGAAAAGAAAGGUGGUAAAUAAAUUACAAUUUGUGCAUAUCCAGAAAGUGAUCACUUUCUUUUGCUUUUGGUGCUCUUUUGCUUUACUUCCAUAUGCUUUUUCUCUCUCUAUGCAUUAUUGAAGCUAGUUUUCUUUCCCUCCAAAGAAGAAAAGGGAAGAUAUUGAUGCGAAUGGAAUUGAACAGGUGCCUUGAAACAAGUGAAAAGAAAGAUGAAAUAACAAGUGAAGCCCACACUUCUCACACACCACUUGACAAAAAUUAGGUUUCAUGCAUUGAUGUGUAUAAAAUAACAACACUUCUGUGGAAGUGCUUUUGUUUAGCUGCAAAUUUGAUUGUAUUACUUUUAGGAAUGGAUUUUUGAUUGCUAAACCUUCAUUUGAUCUAAAAGUUAGGCCCUACCCAUACUUGAAUGUUAUUGAAUUUCAUUUUAA